AUGAGCAGCAACAGCGGCGACGAGGGCGACCUCGAUCUUUAUGCCCUCCUCGGCGUCGACAAGUCGGCUAGCCCUAAUGACAUCAAGAAGGCCUAUCGCAAACUCGCAUUGAUCCACCAUCCGGACAAGGUCCCCGAGGAUCAGCGCCCCGAAGCCGAAGUCAAGUUCAAGGCCAUCGCCCAGGCGUACGAGAUCCUUAGCGAUGAAGAGAAGCGCGAAGCGUACGACGUCCACGGUAUGGCUGCUUUCGACCCCUCGAGGGCAGGCCCAGGCGGCCAUAGUCACGGCAACAUGGAUGACAUCUUUGCUGCCAUGUUCGGCAUGGGAGGCAUGGGCGGUAUGGGCGGUAUGGGCGGCAUGCCUAGACGCCCCAGGCGCAGCCCGGAUGAGGAGCAACCCUACAAGGUUUCACUCGAGGAGCUGUACAAGGGAAAGACUGUCAAGUUCGCCGCCGAAAAGCAGGUUGUCUGCCGCCAGUGCAAGGGCAGCGGCGCCAAGGAGAACGUCAAGCCCAACAAGUGCGAGCGCUGCAAGGGGCGCGGCCUUGUAGAGGCCUACCAGUCCAUCGGCCCUAACAUGGCCCGUCAAGUCGUCAUUCCCUGCGACCACUGCUCUGGCUCUGGUAUGCACUACAAGGAGAAGGACCGCUGCAAGAAGUGCAAGGGCAACCGGACUUGCAAGGAGACCAAGGCUCUUGAGCUCUACAUUCCUCCCGGCUCCAUGCAGGGCGAUAGGAUCGUCUUGGAAGGAGAGGCAGACCAGCUUCCGGACCAGGCCCCGGGAGAUCUUAUCUUCCACCUUGUCGAGGAACCCCAUGACGUCUUCACCCGCAUCGGCCAUGACCUCUCAGCCGACCUCAAGGUUACCCUUAUCGAGGCCUUGAGCGGCUUCUCGCGUGUUGUCGUCAAGCAUCUUGACGGCAGAGGCAUUCAUAUCGACCACCCCCGUGGCAAGGUUCUCCGCCCCGGUGAUGUCCUGAAGAUCCCUGGCGAGGGUAUGCCUGUGAAGAAGAGUGAUAUGAAGGGCGAUCUGUACCUUGUUGUGAAGAUCGAGUUCCCUGAAGACGGUUGGAUGCAGGACGACAGCCAGUAUGAUGCUUUGGCGAAGUUCCUGCCUCCUCCGGGCAAGCCCAUCGAGGCCGAGGAGAUCGAUGACGUGGAGUAUGAGUCGGGUGCCGAUAUCGAACAGAUGGGCGCUCACCAAGGUGACCCGCGCUACGGAAACGACUGGGAAGAUGAUGAGGAUGAGGAUGAUGGUGCUGGUCCCCAGUGCGCUACCCAGUAA